AUGCCGGAAGUCUUUAAUAUAAUCAAGCGUCAAACGACGGCCUUUGAGGGCCAGAAACCUGGCACAAGCGGUUUGCGCAAGCCCGUUUCCACUUUCCAACAGCCAAACUACACGGAAAAUUUUGUUCAGGCCAUUCUGACAGUUGCAAUGAAGGAUGCUAAGCCAGGCGAGCCCUUUGUUCUUAUCGUCGGCGGUGACGGACGCUUCUUCCUGCGCCAGUGUCUGCUUGACGUAAUCGUCCCUCUGUGCGCCGCAAAUGGGGUAAGUUUUUUCAGUCUUCCUCAAGGGAUAUUUUUGUUAAAGUCAGUGCCUUCUACUUUAAGUUAA